UUGAUUUGAUGUUCAGAUAGGGACCAUAAAAAUAUCAGUAGUUCCAAGAUGAAUAGCGAGUGGUAUCGAACAAGCAAGAAUUCCCUCAAGAAGUGUAGGCGGGCGUUCUUGGAGGUAAGGAGGGCAAUUUGGAUUUUCCAUCUGAUUAGAUUCCCCCUGAUUUUAAUUUGGCUGAACUGCACAGAGUAUUUGAUAGAGUAAUCAUUUAGGAAGCGUGGAAUGUGGGAACAACGAAGUUAUCAAAGAGUUAAUUGAGAAGUCUGAGGUUACAUUAGAAUGCUCCAAAUGUUUCAGAAGAAGAAAAAUUGGUUGGACAGAUAUGCAAAUGUUGUGCUCGUUAGGUGCCAAAAGACAGAGUGAAAAUAGAUUGCAAUAAUUAGGAUUACUCGUUUCUGGGAGCAGGUAAUGAUGUGAUUCAUUUAGGUAUGCCUUUGUAUUUUGAAUACAUAAAGGCAUGUAUUUUAAUGUUGAUUGUGAUGUUUGUAACCUCAGGAGAUUACAACAUCAUCACCAACAUAGCCUUCGGUUAAUCGUGUUAAACAUUGGAUAAGAGUAUCGGAAUUGAGAUUGAUGAGAAAACAGUUUGUAUAUUCAAUUGGGUGACAGGGUUGUCUUUGGCAAACAAAAGGGAGGAUUAAGAAUUUAUUGAUUUGCAAUAAAUGCUCAAUUUGAUAUCCAUGUUGACACUCAUCAUCUUGUUUCAAUAUUUCAGGAAAGAACAAAGAGCCUUCGACACUGAAAUUGAUUCCAGUACUUACUAUGCAUCCGAUUAUACAAUACUGUUGAAGAACAUUCCCACUCACACUGAAGGAUUGAAAAACGAUGACUUCGAUCAAGAUCUCAAGGACUAUCUCGAGGUCUACAUCGAGAGAACCUACGAAAAGCCAAGUGAAGUUCUGGAUUAUGAGGAAGAACUCAGACAAUUUUUAUAAAGAAAUAAUAGACCAGAGAAGAAACUAUCAAGAGUGGUAGCAGUUAACUUGUGUUACAACAUAGAAGAACAAACUAUAUUGGAGUAGGAAAAACAAACCAAGAUUGCUUAAAAGUAAAAGGUAUCGAUAAUGUUCAGUAUUUUAGUUGUUGCCUGAUUUGUAUGAUCAAGGUCUGUUGCCAGGCAGUGAGGACAUAAACAACAAUGAAUAGAUUAAAGAAAUUGAUGCUCAGAUAACUGAGAUUGAGUCAAAGUUGGAAGCCUUGGAGAAAAGAUUUGUUGAAGGGAAAGAUGUUAAAUAGUAUUUCUUGGGAUAAGCAUUUGUUACUUUCAGAUGGGAGAGUGAUGUCUAAUGGAUGCUGAUUGAUCAUAGAUUGUCCUUAUGUUCCAGAAUUCUUGGCAGAAAGAGCAACUUAAUCUACAGAGGUUCAUAAUUGCAAGUGGAAUAACCUCCAGAACCAACAGAUGUCUUUUGGGAGAAUUUGCAUAUCCAAACAUCUCAGAAGAUAUGGAGAAGAAUCCUAGGAUAUUUCCUUACCUUUAUCAUCUUGGGAAUCUGUGGUGGAUUGAUCUACUGGUUAUCUGCUGUUCAAGCUCAGAGUGCUGAUGAGUAGGCCAAAGCAGUGAAGAAUGGAGAUUUAAAUCCUAAUUAUAAAGUUAAAGUGAUAGCGUAAUUGGCAUCCAUUUCAAUCAUUGUUAUUAAUUACAUCCUCAGUGUUGUGAUAAGGAAGGUCUCCCUCUUUGAAAGAUUCUCAACUCAAACAGGAUUCAACAUCAGUCUAGCAAGUAAAUCUAGUCUGGCCUAAUUUGUUAAUACUGCAGUUAUUACCUUCGCCAUCAGCACUUGGGUUACUAAAAAUAUAUAUGGCACUGGAGGAUUGGUUUACAAUUAAACUUAUGUGUUCAUCUCUAACGCAAUCUUACCAGCUUUAAUUCAACUUGUUGACUCAUCCACUAUUUUGAAAUGGCUCUACUAAUUCUUUGAAUUGCGAAAGGGCAAGUCUUCAGUCAAAACAUAAAAACAACUCCAUGAGUACAGUUUCCAUUAUAGUUUUUAGUUUAUUCGAGAGACCAGUCUUUGACAUAUCGACAUCCUAUGCAACAGUGUUGAAGAACAUGUACGUUGUCGCCUUCUAUGCCUCUGUCAUUCCUAUUGGUUUAGUAAUCACUUGUUUUGCUUUACUCUUUUUUUAUUGGGUUGAAAAAUACAAUAUUGCUAGAAGAAGAACAAUUAAGUACAAUUACUCUUCAGUACUCUCAAGAGAAAUGAUCGAAUAAUUGGAGUAUGUCCUGCCAAUUUAUUGCGUAAGAACCUCUCAUUCUAUCACUAGUUGACGAAUCUUUGGUGGGAAUAUACCUUCUUGUAAUCAAUCUCAACAGAGGCCAUCAUUGGAGUGUGCUUCGGAAUUGCCAAUGCCAUCUUGCCAAUGCAUGAAAUCAAUAAGUUGUUGUUCCGCAUGAAGGCCAAACCCAAUGAGCAUCUACCCAUCAAUGAGGCUGAAGUUGGGUUCCUCACUGUACUCUCUAUAUCAUGAUUUCAAUAUAGGAUUAUUGUCGAGAGAAUCCCGCCACUGCUGAAACUGAAAGAGCCAGGUACUAGGAAAGAGUGACUAGACAUCAGAAGGAUAGGAUUGCUAUGGAGUAAAUGUUUGAAUAAUGA